AUCUACAAUACGUAUCCUAAUACAAUUUGAACACGGAUAAUUAUAAUAAUAUUUAAUCAAAUAAUGAAAAUAUUAAUAGUUUAAAACAUGGCUAACUAUAAUCUACAUUACAUUGCAUCCAUUAGAAAGCUAGCCUAAAAGACAAAACAACCCUUCCGCAUUGUGCACAGAAGAAAAAAAAAAUUGAAUUGGGUGGGUGGUGAUAUAGAAUCUCCUUAUAUUGUUUGUAGGAUGAGUGAUAAUUAAAUAAGUUCCACAUAGCCUUCGAAUAAGGCUUGCCCGUUAUAUUUAUUAAUUUAACAUCGACAUUGCCCUCAAUGGCGUAAAAUAAGGGGUAGAACGAUGUUACCACAUAGCUUGGAGAGUGAAAGUCGGGACGAAAUUGGGCCGAAAUGAAGAGGAGAGAGCUUCAUGGAGACAAAAACAAACACACACAAACUCGCGCAAUGCGAGUUUAUUUCACAAUAAUAGUGCUUACCAUAAAAACAAACACAAACCUACGUUUGGUUGCCUCGCAACAAGCGCUACUUUUACGUCAUAAGCUAAACGGUUGUUCCUUAAGCUUCGGUCCAUCCGAGAACCUCUUUGAAGUUAAGGUUCUCGUCGGUGAGGUGGUGUCUCAAGUCACGAGCACUAGACGAGUCCAUGAUUGAGAGCUUGUGAACUUGAGUGGCUUUGAGGCUCCACCCACAAGACCUCUUCUUAUUCUUUUCUUCUUCUUUCUCUUUGCCCCACACCAUGUCCCGCAUCAUCGAUUGACUUCCAUCACAUCCAUGUCUUCAAUUUUAACUUCCUCUUCCACAACCUCUUCUCUCACCUUCCCAUCCAUGUCAUUAAGCACGGUUUGGAGGGCAAAAUGUCCUGCAUUCUCUUGCUCCGCUUCCCUCGUGACUUGGUCUUCAAAGUUAGUCUCGGGAAGGGGAACAUGAUGAGAGUCGCAAAUGAGACACUCUUGAUCAUCCUCACGAUGGGAGCUCUCUGGGAUGAGUACUUCUCGUUCCACAUAGUCUUCAUUGACCUCCCCUCUAACCUCCACUUCUUAUUCCAAUUGUGAGAGGCGAUGACGGGCACAAGCUCGUGUCACCUUCUCUUCUAGUGUCAAACCGGGAGGAGGGAGGGGUUGAAAAUCCAUGUUGUAUCUCGUUCUUCCAAAGGUUUCAUGGCUCGCCUCUCCGGCUUCCUAUCUUCCUUCAAAUGGUAGAAGGCGAUUGCGAGCAAGUUGUGCACAUGCUUCCUCAACAAGCCCUCCUAGCAUCUCCAUGUGUCGAAAGAGAUCAUCCGAUUUCAGUAUAAAGGUGGAGUCGAAAUGGGCGACAAGUGGGAGGUCCAUGCUAGAGCACCCUUCAACGGUGCCCCCGGCAUAUCGCUCCACCAUGAGCUCUAAUUCGCUCUUUGGUUCCGGUUGUGGAGUGGCACAUAGUCUUGAAGUUUGUCCCACGAAAGCCUCUAUUACCAACUCCAACUUGGAUUUCUCCUCGGUUUGUGGAGGGAAAUCUUCUUGAUAUGGGGAAGCUUAUUGAUAUCCCCAUUGGUAUGGUUGUUCUUCUUGGAAGGUGGGUUGGUAGCCACACUUGGGUGAAAUCAUAAGGAUCCAUGAUCCAAUACCUAUAAACACUAAAAAGGAAAAUAAAAAACACACAGACCACCCUUCAAGAUGAAGAGUGGUAAAUGAAACACAAAUGAAACACAAAAUAAAAACAAAAAGGUAAGAUAGAAAAUGCUAGAGUAACACUAAGCGACCUUUUCAAAAUAAUGGACCGUAGGUCCCCGACAACGGCGCCAAAAACUUGACUCGCUCAGAACUACACCGCGAAUUAAUCCUGACUAGAGCCCAACGUGUUAAACUCUAGUCGGGUGCAGUGUAUGGAAAGUAUUUAAAUUGUCAACACGGGCCGGUCCAUGUACUCCUACUUCAAUCUCUUAAGUUGUUAUCUAGCAAAUGGUUUUGGGUUUAAAACUAAGAAAAAUACAAAAGAAAAAAAUAAGUAAAGUAAAGCGAGGAGAAUUCUAUAUGCAUGAGAGGACUUCAUUUGGGUAUUGCUCCUCCUACUCUCGUAUUAAGAAACAAUGAACGCAACUCUAGUAUGAAGGACUUGUUCUUAUACCGUGAGGCAGGUGCAACUAGCUAGGGACAAACUCUCCUAGUCGAUCGAUUAAGGAUCGCAACAAAAAGCUAGUGAACCAAGCUCUCUUAACCGAUCGACAAAGGAAGCCCUUACUCUCUUAGUUGACAUAGUUGACCAAUUUAGAAUUGUUGCAAGACUAACUCUCUUACCUUUCGGCUAAGGAUGACGACAGUAGGCUAGGUACUCUAUCCCCCUCUAAACCGGUCGACUAAGGAUUGCGAAGAGCGACCAAUCACGUCAAAAUCAUGGUCCUACUCCGAUAAAGAUUAAAGGGGAAA